AUGACUCAUUUAUCAAUCGCCAAUGCUUCUUACAUCGCGUUUUUGGGAGCAGCUGGCGACCGGCCACAAGGACCAUGCUACAAUGACCGCCCGUUCUCUUGGGUCCAAGGCUACAAGUUGUACGCCAUUUCUACGGGAGGACAACUGAUUGACAGACAUCUCACUGAAGUUUGUGGUCAAUGUACUGAUAAAUUAUUUGUUUGCUACGGAACUACUGAAGUUGGAGGAGUGUGUUUCACUGAGCUUACACCAGAAAUAGAGGACGGGAAUAUCGGCUCCUUGUUUCCAGGCUAUGAAGUCAAAAUUAUUGGCGAUAGAAGUGAAACGUUGGAUCUUGGUCAUGUCGGGGAAAUUCUUGUCAGAUCUUCGUCGAUUUUGAAGUCCUACCGUGACGCACCGGGGCUCAAUGAAGCUUCCUUUGUGGAUGGGGGCUGGUUCCGAACCGGUGAUAUAGGGUUAAUUACAAAUGAAUGCAAGUCAAUGUUCAAAGGAAAAGCUAAUGACGUCAUCAAAAGAGGAGGAUUGAAGGUUUUUCCAAGCGUAGUCGAAGCAGCUAUUUCAAAACUCUCCGAUGUAAGAGAAAUUGUAGUGAUCUCCGUACCGGACAGCCGCCUUUUUGAAGAAGUAUGCGCUUGUUACAUACUAAAAGAUGGGGUAGAUACAACAGAACCUUAA